AUGGCGCCUACCCUCGAGUCCAGCAAGAUCGCCUUCAUCGCAAGCAACAACUACAUCAUCUUCAUCGUCAUCCGUGCCCCUCUCUCUCCACCAAGAAUUCACACUAAACGCGGGGUAAUCGUGCCAGGCGGCGGCAACAUGGCCGCGGCCAUCAUCGGAGGCCUGGUCGCCAAGGGCAUUGACAAGCAGAACGUCAUCGUCUCGGAGCCGUGGGACGUGAACCGCGAGAAGAUGGCCGCCCUCGGCGUCCGGACGACCACCUCCAACGCCGAGGCCUUCGCCGGCGCCGACAUCGCCAUCCUGGCCGUCAAGCCCCAGGUCGCCAAGGCCGUCUGCAACGAGCUCGGCGCCGCCGUCUCCUCCGCCUCCGGGCGCGACACCGUCCCCGUCGUCGUCUCCAUCGCCGCCGGCAUCACCCUCGAGGCCCUGCGGAAGUGGCUGGCCCUCGACGACGGCCGCACGCCCCACGUCGUGCGCGUCAUGCCCAACACGCCCGCCCUCGUCGGCGAGGGCGCCUCGGGCCUCUUCGCCGCCCCCGACGUCACCGACGACGAGAAGAAGCUGACCGAGGCGCUCAUGGCGAGCGUCAGCAAGGCCACCGAGUGGGUCGACAAGGAGGAGCUGAUCGACGUCGUCACUGGCUUGUCGGGAUCCGGCCCCGCCUACUUCUUCGCCAUGGUCGAGCACCUCAUCUCCAGCGCCGUCGGUCUCGGCCUCUCGCCCGAGCAGGCGAAGCGCCUGGCCGCCCAGACCUGCCUCGGCGCCGGCAAGAUGCUCGUCGAGUCGCCCGAGGCCCCCGGCCAGCUGCGCAAGAACGUCACCAGCCCCAACGGCACGACGCACGCCGCGCUGCAGAGCUUCGAGGCGUCCGGCUUCCAGGACAUUGUCGACAAGGCCGUCAAGGCUGCGACGUCCCGCGGCGAGGAGCUCGGAAAGACGCUGGGUAACCAGUAG